UCUUUCUCACCGCAGGUUACAUCCAAGCCUGCAGAGGACUGAUGAUCUCUGCCGUCUGCCUGGGCUUCUUCGGUGCCGUUUUUGGACUGGUGGGGAUGAAGUGUACAAAAGUCGGAGGCUCCGAGCAGACUAAAGCAAAAAUAGCUUGUUUAGCUGGACUGAUUUUCAUACUCUCUGGGUUGUGCUCUAUGACUAGUUGUUCCCUGUAUGCAAACAGGAUUACGUCUGAGUUCUUUGAUCCUUCUUUUGUUGCACAAAAAUAUGAAUUAGGAGCAGCUUUGUUCAUUGGAUGGGCUGGAGCUUCACUCUGCAUCAUUGGUGGCAGUAUAUUCUGCUUCUCCAUAGCCGAAAACAGUAAUUCUCCAAGGAGGGGUUAUGCAUAUAAUGGAGCCACAUCUGUGAUGUCUUCUCGUACAAAGGUCCACAACAGUGUCCCAGACAAAACCCCACCAAAGCACUUUGACAAGAAUGCUUAUGUUUAAUUAUACUGUUGGAAGAUCCAAAGCAUUUUAAAAAUGAGUUUGUAUGUUUUAUUCCGAGUGAUUCCCACCCUCAAUGUAAUUACCACUAAGUCAAUGACUUUUUAAAACAUUAACAUGCAGCUUUUUACAUAUUGAUGUAAAUUUUAUUAUAUAAUAUUUUCAGAUUGAUGUUGUCUUUGUAAAGUUUAUACCUGGAAAUCAUGAGCUGAUGUUGCUUUCUUGAAAAAAAUAAACGGGGUAUUUAC